AUGUGUGACGGUUCGUAUACUCUUGACAAGAACGAGUUUGAUGAAGCUGAAAAUGGCAAAUGGACAGAAACAGAUGAUAUUCCGUUGCCUAAUUCCGAUGUAGACCCCGAAACGUUAGCUAAUCAACCAUUAAACCCUUAUGCUCUUGCCGAAAGAUUUUUUAAUAGAUAUCUUUUAACAGCUCAAGAAAUGAUUGAUUUAAAGACAGCUUUAGACGGUGAAACUUUACAGGAAAUAAACGCAAUUCAAUAUGUUGUUAACUUAUGUAUAGUUCCUGAUGGUCUAGAUGACUACUAUGAUACUUCUCCUACAACUGAAAUUUAUUUUGGUAGAACCGCUGUAAAUUUACCUGCUAAAAAAGUUUUAGGUGCUACAAGUAUUAUUGAUUUUGGUAGUACAAAUGUUUCAAGGAAAUAUAAUAACUUCUUAGAUUAUGAACCUUAUACUAAAGUUUCAGUAUACAUACCGUUUUGUGGGAAAGUUAAUUUACCUACUGAUAAAGUUAUGGGAAAAACAAUAAAUGUUCAAGUAGCAUUUGAUUAUUUAGAUGGAAACUGUACAGCUUAUGUUUAUGUGGGUGACAGUUUAAUAACAACAGCUACAGGUAACUUUUAUUGUAGUGUUCCUUUAAGUCAAGAUGCUUCUAUGAGUAAAGAUAUUGAAUUUAUGUUUAGUGCAAUUAACUGGAUUGGACAGAGUGUUGGUUCUGUAGGUAUCGGAUUAGCCACUCAAAACCCUGCUAUAGCAAUAGGUGGUGCUAUUUCAUCUGCAGCUAAUUUCGGAAAUAGUCUUCACGAUAUUACCGCUAAAAGUGAUACCAAUAUAGUACAGGGUUCUGGAAAUCUUAAUACUUUCAAUGCUCCUAUGGAGUGUUGUUUAUAUUAUGAAAGACCUGAUGUUGAAAUACCGGAGCUUUUUGGAGAAAUAAAUGGAUUUGCUUGUCAUGUAAGUGGACAGUUAAAAGAAUUUCAUGGGUUUACUGCUUGUUCAGAUUUCCAUUUAGAUGGAAUAGUUUGCACAAAGAUUGAAAAAGAAAUGCUUGAUGAAUUACUUAGGAAAGGAGUAAUACUGGAUUAG